AUGAAAGUGAGACGCUCCUCAUCGCCCUUAGCCCCACCGCCCUAUGCGAACGGCGCACAUUCCUUCUGUGCUCCAGAGGAUUUAAGGGCAAUUAGACAGAUGUUCCCCGUAAUCGAAGACAAUGGAGCACGUGCCCAUCAACCCCUUACCCAUAAAGAGGUUAAAGACCUCGCAGAGGCCGUUCGGACCUAUGGAGUCAGUGCUAAUUACACCCUAGCGCAGAUUGAAAGGCUGGCGGAAUCCGCUAUGACACCCUCAGACUGGCAAUAUGUAGCAAAAGCUUGUCUUUCUAGCAUGGGACAGUAUAUAGAGUGGAAGGCACUAUGGCAUGAUAUAAGCAUGACCCAGGCGCGUGAUAAUGCUGCUGCGGGGGAACCCGCGUGUCAUUGGUCCUAUGAUAUGUUGACAGGCCAGGGACAGUGGGUAGCCAACCAGAUCGCUUUUCCUGUACCAUUGUACACACAGAUAAAUGCGUGUGCUACUAAGGCAUGGAAGGCCCUCACUAAUAAAGGACAAGUGUCAGGUAAUUUAACAAAAAUAAUUCAGGGACCAAGCGAGCCAUUCUCAGACUUCGUCGCUCGCAUGAUGGAAGCUGCAGGCCGAGUGUUUGGAGAUCAAGAACAGGCCAUGCCCCUUGUCCAACAACUUGUGUUUGAACAAUGCACCAGAGAAUGCAGACAGGCAAUUACCCCCUGGAAACAGAAAGGAUUGACUGCUUGGCUGAAAGCUUGCAGGGAGAUUGGAGGGCCCCUCACCAAUGCAGGCCUAGCCGCCGCUAUAUUGCAAAGCCAUAAACAAGGUGAAGAAAACCCCUUCUGGAUCCCGGAACGCCUGACCAGGAAAGUCCUGAACAAAGGAGAUGGCGUCUCUGUGCCUGUGGAUCCUGAUCUUGUCGAUGGGAAUCCUGACUCUGGGAGUACUGAGAUGGGGAAUAUUGUCAGUCUUCCCUAA